GUCUGUAAGUUGUUUCAUCUUGUUUGUAGCACUUUUUUCCUUGAUUGAUAGAAAAGCCAGAGGAGAUGUUAAUAGCACUUGUAGCAAUGCGAUGAGAAAAGAAGAAGCUUCUGACUUUUGUGACAAAUCGAUAUGCCCAAAGAACUUAACUUCUCAUAUAGGCUGCAACAAUCCAAAUACUUGGGCAGAAACAUGCGGCACGAAUCUACGCAUUUAUCGAAAUACACACGCAAUAGUACAUUAUAUUUUGCGGAAACAUAAUACAUUUCGAAAUAUUGUGGCCGGAGGAUAUCUGAAAAUGUUUCCUACGAGUGGUCGCAUGCUUACCAUGGAAUGGAGUAAAGAAUUGGCCCAAAUCGCAAAAUGGGCAGCAAAAAGAUGCACUAGCAUUCCACCAACGGAAUGCAUUUCGACGGUACAAUAUAGGAACCCUGGCUUUAAGGCGGACUACAAUAAAUUUAAGGGCGACCAGGAGAUUCUUAAAAUUGUGGAGUCCAUACUGCAGUCGUGGUAUCGGGAAAAUAUGUGGGCCAGAUCGAAAACUAUCAUAAAUGGCGUAUCGACAGAAAAUCACGAGAUAGGACACUUUCUACAAUUGAUAAUUGGCGAGGUCGAUCGCAUUGGCUGUGCCAUAUCGAGGUAUACUAAAGAGGAAUGGAAUCAUCAAUUAUUGGUCUGUAUAUAUAGCGACUCCAUAAGGGAUUUCAAGAAACCCGUUUAUCAAAUAGACAAUAAACCAACUUCACAUUGUAAAUGUGGUGUCAAUCAACAAUUUCAAAAUCUAUGCUCGAGGAGGGAAAGUUUCAAUUUAUAAAGUACAGAAAAGAAACAUGACUCAGAUUUGGAUAUGGUUGAAUUGAAUACAAUUAAAAAUUGAAGUCGCUUAUCUCGAUCCCCAGGGUCACUUAAUCCCAUCGCCAAUUGGGUGGAUGCAACGAUUUGAGAUGAAACUGAGCUAAAAUUGUCCUAAGGUCAUACUGUUAUAUGAAAUAUUUGACUUCUAAUAAAUGCUUUCCCGAAUAA